UUCCUAAAAAACAGGCAAACACCUCUCCUUCAAGUCAGCACCAACCCAAACAAGCAGGAAACAGGAAAUGUUCAGGUUUCAGGGAGACUGAAGCCCAGCGCAGCUCAGCACAGCAUCAUGCCGGGGCGAGCUGACAGGAAGGCUUCCGGGGCUGCCCUCGUCUUUGCCCUGGUGAUCGCGCUCCUUCCCACCAGCCAGGCUCUGGGGUAUGUUGAGGAACCAGAACAGUCAGCAGAUAGGCCCCUGGAAGUGGAAAGCCGCGAUGGAGACUCUACCAUUCAGACGACGUUGGCUGCAGUGACCACAGCAACAUUAAUAACAAAUACAAAUUUUACCUACAUUGAGGAGGAUACAGAUCAACACGAGUUUAUAUUAAUGGUGUUGAUCCCGCUGAUUUUAUUGGCCCUCCUAUUUGUAAUACUGGUAAUCCUUGUAACACGCUAUAAAAGGAAAAGAACUAAACAAGAGCCUUCUAGCCAAGGAUCUCAGAAUGCCUUACAGACAUAUGAACUGGGAAGUGAGAACAUCAAAGUCCCCAUUUUUGAGGAAGACACACCCUCUGUUAUGGAAAUUGAAAUGGAAGAGCUUGACAAGUGGAUGAACAACAUGAAUAGAAAUGCUGAUUGUGAAUGUUUACCUACUUUAAAGGAAGAAAAGGAAUCAAACCACAACCCAAGUGACAAUGAAUCUUGAAACUGAAUGGUGCUAAUGUUUUCCAAGGAGCAGCCCUGGAGGGAGCCUGCUGAGCCUGCCAACGGAGGAUGAAGAGGAUGCAAAUUUAAUUAAUUUCAAAUCAACAUAGACACAAGAACCUUUUGCUGUGCCUCCCAACGCCCACUCUCCCUAACGAUGGCAUCACCUGUACUUGGAAGAAUGCACGAUUGAGAAGCGCCGGGCAGAGGCUUGGCUGCCAUCCACCGUGGCUUCUGAGGGUGGAGUAGCCACGGGACGCGUUCACCUCUCCUCAGCGCCUGUUCCCUCCUCUCCACCAACCUCUAGCUGCCUGUACUCACUGCGGCCACACUCUCCAGGUCCUUGUUCCCUUUCUGCUUCAUUCCUUGGAGUUUAAAUCAGGAAGCUGUUUUACAUACGGCCUCCUUCUGGGUCACCUUGUUACCUAAUUAGCUUUGGAUAAUUUCCUCUGAUUAGUCAAGUCCUCUGAUAGGUCCUCUGCCUUCAGCAGGAACUUUCCUCAAGGCCAGUUACGUCAUGGAAAAGACAGCGAACAAAGCGCGUGCUUCACUCUAUACAUCAUCCCCGGGGGUUGGGAAGCGCGUCUACCUGCCAAGAAGACAGAGUGAGAGUCCACCGUCCUGAGGAGAUGUUGUCUGGUGACCUGCGGACUCUGAGUUGGCCAGACAGGCCCCUUGGGCACUUCUAGGAGGAACAGGAAUCUGCAGUGAAGGAGCCAGAUGAUCUCCCUCUCGGCUAAGAUCACCAGCGUGGCCACAUUUCUCCAAAGCUCAUUCUUGCUCUCACCACACCUCUUUGCCUUUGUGUGAAGAGAACAUGGGCACAGGGGGUCAUCUGCCAAUGCUUUGUAUUUUUGAGAUCUUUAAAGUCGUUUGCAACAAACAGAAUAGGAACAGGCAGAUACCUGUGCCCGUGGCAGGCAUCACCCACCGUACCUUCCUGUCAGGCUGGCACAAGCCUCGUGUCUCCCUGGACACAGCUUUCCAGGAGGCUGCUAUCAGUCCAGCAGAGGUGACAUUCUACACGGGGUUUGUUGACAUUCUUGUACAAGAAGCAACGGCGCCAGAUGCAGAAGGGCCUGCUUAUCAUUCCCAUUCACGGAAAAUCAAUCCUCACUGAAUCCUUGAUUGUCUAAUUCUGACCUUUAAAGCAAUCUAGCAAACUGGGAGUCCUCGGGUCUUCCGCAAUACCUGAUAUUGUAUUCCAGGAAAGAAAUAAAGAGUGAACACUUUAUUUAUUUUACUUUCCUCAUGUAAACUGAGGGGAGAUGAGGUUCACCACACAUUUGCUGCUGAAUUUGGGGUCUUGGGUUCGAAAGGCUGCCUUAAUACAUAACAAAACUACCCCUCUCCCCCUUCUCGGAAUCCCUCUGACUGGUACUCACCUUCUGAACUAUGCCCAUCAUUUUAAAGGCAGAGCUCCAAGCCAGGGAAAUCUUUCCGUACAAUGAAAGAGAACUAUCUGGUUGUGUUUAACCACUGCUAUUGUGUUAUCCUGGGACAUCAUGGAACUGUGGCAAAAGACAGUCUUUGUGGUAUGUAUAUAAUGUCAACAGAUUCAUCUGUCAUAUCCUCGUUAGCACAUCCUAAUAAGGCAUUUUUGUUUUCACGUCUGUUUUGCAUAUUCAUAUUCAAUUUGUGAUCGACAGUGACUCUCAGAUAUUUAUGCCAAAAUUGCCAUUUUCUGAAUUAUUAUUUCUGCCUAUUUUGUUACUUUGUUUCUUCUCCACGUUUUGACUCUUUGAAGAGUCUUAGAUUGCUUCUUUCUCUCUCUAGGUAUCUAAGAUUUUUGCUGAAUACUUACGCCUAUAAACUUUAUCCAAGUCUAUCAACCAAUGCACUUAGAAGUUCAGAGAAUGAUAAGGGGUCUUGAAAUCUCAUUUUGAUUAAGCAAUAUUUUAUGAAUAUUUUAAUACAGUUAAAAUAUUCUCAUUCAGCAUUUAAAAUAACUUUAAAUUUCAGAAGAAGCAAGCUUCAGUAACAUGUCAUUGAAUUUAUGUCUGCAAAAUGUCCUAACCUCUAUAAUUGCACAGUCUACAAGGAAUUUUUUUUAGAAGGUAGUUUAUUCUAGCAAGGUCUAUGAACCAAAGCAGUGAAGGGUCAAUCUUAGCAUCCUGUAUCUUAUUACUGUUCAAUCAAUAGAUAUCAUAUAUUUAUGAUAAUUUCAAUAACUGCUUUUAAACCCAAACUUAAUUUUUAUGUUUCAGAUAUUGUUGGUAAAAAUCACAUUAGUUUGCCCUAAUUGGGUAGCCAAUCAGAACAAAACCUGACUUUGGAAUGUUUUAAAGAUAUAUAACUUUCACUGCGUAUUUUUGUACACUUUAAGCAAACUAGGUUAACAAUAUUGCCUAGUUAAACUCCUCAGGGAACUUGUUUUAAUAAACAUACAAGAUUAUCGAUGUGUUACUCUUCUUUUUUAAGCUUAUUUAUUUAUUUUGAGAGAGAGAGCGUGUGCAUGUGAAUGGGGGAGGAGCAGAGAGACGGAGAGAGAGGAUCCGCAGGCUGAUUCUGGGUGGGAAACCUGAGGCGGGGUUCCAUCUCAGGAACCAUGAGAUCAUGACCUAAGCUGAGAUCAAGAGUCAGGCACUUAAUAGACACUUAACUGACUGAGCCACUCAGGUGCCUCUAUCAAUCUGUUACACUCUCUCUCUCUCUUUUUUUUUUUUAAAGUUUAUUUUAUUUUGAGAGAGAAAGAGUGUGAGUGAAUGGUAGAGAGAAGAGAGAGACAAUCUCAAGCAGGUUCCGCACAGUCAGCACAGAGCCCGAUGCAGGGCUCGAACCCACAAACCCGUGAGAUCAUGACUUGAGCCGAAGAGUCGGACACUCAACCAACUGAGCCACCCAGGCGCCCCUCAGUCUGUUACUCUUAACUCAGUGAUAUGACUCCUCUUUCUGGGAAGCUCACUGUUAUCUAAAAACAGGCAUACAGCAUGGAUCAAAAGUCAUAUCCAGGGAGUGACAAAUGCCUCUAGCAAUGUAAAAUGUUUUAAAAAAUGACUUUGUCUAUUUUUAAAUUUUGACUGUUUAAACUAUCAAUUUGCACCAUCUCUGGAAGAAGGCCCCUAUGAUAAGUAAACAUAAAAUAUAGGCUUUAGUUUCAGUUUCUGUCAGAAUUAAUACAAAUUCUGAAGGUAAGUAGAGUGCUAAGACACAGUUUCAUACUGGGAAGACACUGCUGAAAUUCUCAUUGUGGGGAAAACAUUGAGUUUUAUGCUGGAUUAAAUUUACACAUGCUACUUUUUCACCGUCAGAAGAUACUCAGGAUGAAUCCUGGGGUUCCACUCAGUAUACACAGCAGGCAGGCCAGAGUAGCUCUACCCAUAGGUUACAUUUCUUCAGUCUUAAAAUAAUAAGAAAAGUCACUGUAUAAUAGUGUGGAAUGGAAUUAGUCAAAUUUUUUAUUAAUAAUUGCAUAAUUCAAACAAUGAAUUGCCUAAAUUACUUUGCUCGUUUGAGCAGCUCUUUGACAUUGCCUUGGUAUUGUCCUGUCUGGCACCAAAAUUUUAUUUUCCUCUUAGUCCUUUUGGGAGUAGCUAUUUGUAGAUACUCGGUGGGGUUUUUUGGUUUGUUUUGUUUUUUUGUCCCAUUACCUCUUCUAAAUAGAAUGUCAUAUUCGUGAGAUAGCAAUCCAUACAAUUCUAUAAAAUAAAACCUUUAAAAAAUCAAUUCAGUAGAUGCUCUAUGCUCUUUUUGAAAUGAUAUCUUAAGAAGUUAAAUUUCUAAGCCAAAGUACAGCCAAUAACAUUGAGACUUUCAUCUCAGUGCCGUACAAGUUUAGAAAUACAACACUGAACCAUUGAAAACAACCAAAGGUGAAUGGAUGUUUUCCAGUUGGACUUCAGGUGCAGAGGGCUCAGGCAGUCAUAUUCCUCACAUCCCAUCACAUUGUCAUCACUGGCUUUUGGUACUUUAUACAUAAGUAAUUGGGCCUUUUACAUGAAAGAUAUUCUUCACAUUUUAACUUCUUUGAUCUGCAUGGAAAGAACAAAAUGAAUGAUACAUAGAAACUACAAAUUGUAAGCAACACUUUCUCCGGUAUAAAGAUCAGUGGAGAGUAAUCACUAUAUUACUCUGACUUUGGUGAAACCCUGACGUUAUAAUUAACAUCAAGAACAUGGGAAAACUCUGCAUGUUUAAUAAAUGCUAGCCUUCAGAAAGAGCAGAGGUUAUAGUUUUCCAAUGAGUGAAAAAAUAACCUGGUAGAUCAUUAAUAAUUUCACUUGUAUGCAUCUUGUUUUUAAAGUUAAGUGAAAAUAAUGUAAAAAAUGCUGUAUUAGACUCUCAUUUUUCAAGUAAUAUAAAGUCUUUCCUCAGAAGGUCAGUAAGAUCAUCAGAUGUUUAUUUAUCACUUGGCUUCAAUGUAUAAUUUCUGUCUUAUAAGUCUCAUGUAAGAAAUGGUCCCAUCACUAUUGAUUAGAACUGAUUUGCAAAACUACUAAAGUUUUAAGACUGAUUACAGGUUUUAGGUUCUUUUCUCCUGCCUUGUAUGCUGAGAAUAAUAUAUGUAAUAAUAUUUUUCCUUUAUAGCUUAUGGCUUUAGAAAUGUCAGAUAUCCAUUACAUAUGUAUAAAUUAUGCUCAGCUGUAUGAUUUUUACAAAAAUAAAUAAGUACAUACACGCUGGUAAGCUAAAGUGCUCAUUCAGCAGUGUUAGAUGGAAAAGCAUUUUUGAAGUUAACUGAAAAAUAAAGCACUAUAAGAGAGGAGUAAAGAGUGUCUUUGACAUUAGUUUCUAUGUGAUUAAUGUAUAUAAACACUUAAGAUAAAUGCUUAUUUGCAAGUAAGGUGUUUGUUUACUAAAAUGUUGUUGACUAAGAGUAAAGGAGUGAAUUACACAUCUUUUUAAAGGAAAGUUCUUUUAAUUUUACUUGUGACUAUGGAGAAGAAGGAUUGUUACCUUGUAUAAUUAUCUCUUUUGAUCUGUAUACCUUUUUUUUUUUAGUUUUUUAAAUGUUUCUUUAUUUUUGAGAGAGAGAAAGAGAGAGACAGAGUGUUAGCAGGGGAGGGGCAGAGAGAGAGAGGGAGACGCAGAAUCUGAAGCAGGUUUUAGGCUCUGAGCUAUCAGCACAGAGCCUGACGCGGGGCUUGAACUCAGGAACUGUGAGACCAUGACCCGAGCCAAAGUCGGAGGCUUAACCAACUGAGUCGCCCAGGUGCUCCGAUCCACACACCUCUUUAAAUAAAUGAUGCAAUACCAAUUUUAAAGUUCUUAUAGAAUUCAACCUGCUUUAUACAAAAUUGUCUACCCUAAAAAUUAACUGGGUUUUCUGCAUACCUAAAAGAUGUAACACAUUCUUGUCUUUUUUCUUUACAAAAUAUUUUUAAAUUGAGAAAUGAAAUUUCAAUUGUCUAUGGAAUGUAAUUUUUAAAAGUAUUUCUAGUAAAAAUAGAAAAAUCAUAGGGGCGCUUGAGUGUCUCAGUUGGUUAAGCAUCCAGCUCUUGGUUUCAGUUUAGGUUAUGAUGUCACUGUUCAUAAGUUCGAGCCCCAGGUCAGGCUCUAAACUGACAGUGCAGGGCCUGCUUGGUAUUCUCUCUCUCUCUCUCUCUCUCUCUCUCUCCCUCUGCCCCUCUCCCUUACUCUCUCUCUCUCUAAAAUAAAAUAAUAAUUAAGAAAUUAAGAAAAAUCUUAGAGCUAAAGCCUUCUCUUUUUCCUAAUUACUCGCUUUUGUUCAUGUCUUUAAUUCUAAUUUCAUUUUCUACACCUUGACAUUAUAAUGUCAUUAUAAUGGAACAAGGCUGACAGACAAGUUCAUAACACGUAGAUAAUAUGAAGACAUCUGUGAAAAAGGAUGCAUUCCUGCACACAAACCAGUCGGUACAUUGACAAACAACGAGCAGAAAGAUUCCCCUUCAAGGCCCCAACUAACGUAAAACCUGGUCAGUUAUGGCAUCGAUACACCCCUAGAGUCUGCUGCAGGGUAUACGUCCUGCCUAUGUUAACCAGAGUGACUACGUGACUGAUGUGAUGGGGCAGAUCGGCCUCAAGAUGGCUUGGACCCAAAAAGCAGACAGUCCCACGGCCUCAGGGAAGGGAUAUGAAGAGAGAACAAUAAUACUAACUGGAACUUAUUGUGUGUAUCAGUUGGGAAUUAAGUUCAGCUUCUAAUACUAGACACACAAAAUGAAAUUAUUUCAAGCAAGAUCUUUUUUGGUCAUGCAUGAAAGAAUACAGAGGUAAGCUGGUAUGGUAACUCCAUGGACAUCUGGGCCCUGGAUUCCUUCUCACCCUCCCCCCCUCCAUUAGUGCAAAGCUCCCAUCCUCAGGGGUGCCGUUCGGUACACAUGCCCCAGCGUGGUGUCCACAAUAAGGACAGAAAGGGAACCAGAACAGGGCGAGCCCCUCUAAAGAGCUUUCCUGCCAGCCCGUUGAAACAACUCGGCCUACAUCUCAUUAGCCAACCUAUCUGCAAGGAGCAGGAAACUGUAGGGUUGGUACAGGUAGGGUCUCAGGGUUGGUACAUCAUCAUUCCCAACAAUGAGGGUCUGCUUCUCAAAGCAGUGAAAGAAUAUUGGGUAUCUGAUGAGGUAGCAACACUGGCCAUAAGGUGCUAAGUACUUACCAUAUAUUGUCUUGUUUUGAUCCUCGCCAUAUACUUAAAAAAAAAGGUUUACUGAUUUUGAGAGGGAGAGAGAGAGAGAGUGCGCGCAUGUGCACACGCACACAUACACGUGCAUGUGAGUUGAGGAGGGGCAGAGAGAGAGGACGAGAGAAUCCCAAGCAGGCUCCACACUGCCAGCACAGAGCCCAAUGUGGGGUUCCAUCUCACAAACUGUAAGAUCAUGAUCUGGCCGAAAUCAACAGUUGGAUGCUUAACCUACUGAGCCACCCAGGCGCCCUUCACAAUAUACUUUUACGAUAAGAUUAGGGAACUUAUGAAUUUGUCUCAUGUCUUCCUAACUCCAAAGCACAUGAUCUAAACGGCUACGCUAAACUGCCUUCCCAGUAAUAAACAAUAGGAGGGUGUUUAAGAAGGUGUCAGUCAUUGUCAAGGAGGCCUGAAGGUGGGCAGAUUCAGACCAGAAGUAACAGAAGCUUCAGGAGGGCAGUGAAGGAAGGACCCCAGGACCAGUAGAAAUGGUAUAUCAUGCUGAGAAAAAAAGUCAGGGUUUGGAAUAGGGGUGAUAAGGUAAAAAAACUUAGUUUCUGGACCUAGGUUCUGGUAAGGAUUUGGUCACUGAAUAAAGAAAUAACGAAUGAAACUUAGUGGCUUAAAACCAGCAACAAUCAUUUAUUUUGCUUGUGAGUCUGCAAUUUAGGUGGGGUUCAUUGGCAACAGCCUAUCUCUGCCCAGCAUCAUCUGGGCAACUGAACUGGGGCUGGGGGAUCUGCUUUCAAACGGCUCACUCACAUGACUGGCAAGUUGGUACCCAGCUGUUUGAUUCGGAACCCAGCCAGGCGUGUGGGCCAGGGGCCUUGGUUCCUACUACAUGGGCUUCUCCAUGGCUGCCACACAGCGUGGUAGCUGGAUUUCAAGAGCAAUAUCCCAAGAGAACAAAGUGGAAGUACGUGGCAUUUUUAGAAGCUAGACUUAGAAGUCACAUAUCAUCACUUCUGCCAUACUCUGUCACUUGAAGCAGUCGCAAAGUUCAAGGGGGAGAGAACAUAAACUCCCCCAUUCAAUGGGAGAAGUGUCAAGAGCGAGUGGGAUAGGAGAUAUGUUACAGGCAUUUUGGAAAACACGAUCUGCCAAAAUUUGCAUGGCCUCAUGUAAUACAGAAGAAAUAUAACAGUCAAUCUCACACCAAGUGUCCCUAGGAAUAUUUGAUUUCCCUUGAGUCCAGUGCCUGAUGGCCAUCUUUGGCUUGGACAUACAUCCCUGGUCCAAUAAUUUUGGGCAGGUUUCAUCAACUACAUGAGGCAUGACACAUAACAUAGAAGAGCCUAGAAGAGUGGGUGGAUCAGACACAGAGAAACUUAUGAGUAUUUUCAGUACGUACAGUUAUAACAGGACCAGAUUAGAUUGUGAGCACCUUGAGGAUGGGGAUUAAAAAAUGUUGGGCAUCUCUGUAUCCUGAACAGUGCGUGGCACUAGUAAAUGCUCAAUAAUCAUGGAAAAACCAAUCAGCCACUGAGCUAAGAGUCACUGCACUACCCUUACUCGUACCAAAUCAGUAUUUACCACCAGUGAAAACAGGACCCAAAUAGAGGUUUGCUUAUUGCCCGUUACCAUUUUCUACCCAAGUUUCCAGUCUCUACCCAAGUUCACCUUCCAACUGAUAGAUUCUGUUAUCAUUUUUUAUCUUUAUUUGAAAUUGUCCUAUUAUAUGUGCUUUUUACUUCCAGCUAUCUUGAAUCCAAUCUGGAAGGUGGCAGAGAACAAUCAUAAUUGAGCCAACAAGCAAGUGGAGGCAGAGGAGAAAAGGUGGACCCCAUUUGGAGGGGAAGGAACACAAGGAGGGGCCAGCAGGUCACUGAAACCCUCUCAAGAUGCUCUUUUGGCUCAGAGCUGGGCUCUUCUUCUUUGCUCUCUAGAAUGUCCAUGGGGAAAAGAAACACAAGUUGUAUUAAUAAAAAGGUUAAAUGAUCUAUUUUAGGUAAUGACACAAGAAAGAUGUGGAUUGUUUCUUCCCUGGAUAGGGAGACAGAUGAACAAAAUAAGAGGUGCUGUAAAUCCUCCUUGAAACGUUUCCCAACCAGCACUCAGUGUAGAUAAAGCCAACCAAGUCACCUAAUGGGGCAAGAGAGUAAACUAUGGGACCCAUUUAUUUCUCAGCUCCAUGAAUCUGUAAAGAAACUCCUCCAUUUUGUUAGAUGUGGUGACUAAUGCCUUUUUACCUCAUGUGAAUGUGCCUUCCUGUUUGUAACCCAGAAGGACCUUUCUGUUCCGUUCCAGACGGACCUCCAUCCUUCCUCUUUGCUUAUACUCCCCAACCCUCUGCCUUCAGGGACCUGGGAGGGAGAGAUAUAUCUGGGGAGGCAGCCAAACCAAUUAAUGUUAAGAUUUGUGUUCUGAGUGGGGCUGGAGCAGAAACAAGGGGAACAAAGUGGGCUGAAGGAGGGGGUAGGGAAAAUGGGAGGAAAAGUUCUUGGGGAGUUCUCUGGCUCAACAGAUGAAACCAAGACUAGUUGUGAAAAACAAAGGGGCAGGAUAGGAGUCAAAAUCUGGGACACAAAUCUGAAGCAGGAGUUAGAAGCAGACUAGAAAGGGUUGGGAGUGAGGUGAGGUGGGGUCUGGGUGAUUUUGACAAUGGAGCUGAGCUAUCCAGAGUCUUCCUUCAGUGGCCACUGGAUGCACAGGGAAUGGUGGCCUGCCUGGCUUAAUGGUAGAAGGGCAGAAAGGACACUAGACAAUAAUACCUUGUCUACGGUAGAGUUGGCUCACCUCCCUGUUAAGUUGAGAAACCCGGUUCCAGAGAAACAGCGUGAAUAAGAAGGCUAGGCUAGGAUUCAUGCUCCCACAGUAUUGGGACACAUCCCCUAACCCCUAUGAGAGCUCUGAGAGUGGUGACAGCUAGUUGGAUUGUCUGAGAAGGGCUAUGCCACCUUCAUCUCUGGUCAGAUCCAGAGCAGGCCACAAGAGGCGUGGCAGGGCAAGGCCCGACACUUUCUUCUGCAUAAAUUUUUUAAAUUUAUCCUAAAUGAAUGCACCUCCCUAAGUUUUUCUCCUUACGUGUAACGUAGGUGUGUUUGUUUAAACAAGACUCUUGAUUCCGUGAGGAAUUUUCCAACUCAAAAUACCUCAGACCAAAAGAAACGUACAGGCUCCGGUAACCAAAUUGGGCAAAGCAAGAAGUCGCUGCUCUCAGAGAGAACCUGACGCAGGUUCAGCUACAGCGAGGAACAGCCACACCAGGGACUCAAACGCAAUGAAAGAUUCUUCAGUAUUCUUGUCUUCCGUUCAUUGUCUGAAACAACCUUCUCCACGGGGCUACAGCUAUUGUAGCUAGUGGCUCCAGGGAGCUCAUCUUUCCGUCUUUACCACCAGAGCAGAAGGGAAUCUCUUUCUCUCACCCAGUUAGGAAACGUUCCCCGGAAGGAAUUAGAUUAGACUGGCUGGGUUUUAUGCCUAACCCUGUGAAAAUGGUAUUGGGACUGACUGGGGUUGACAUGUCCUUGUACUACCACAGUAUUCAUAUGUGUGUGUGUGUGUGUGUGUGUGUGUGUGUGUGUGUGUGGUACACAUUGAUUGGUUGGUUGGUUGGUUGGUUGUGGGGAAGAGAGUUUAUGAGGAAGCAGUUUCUAAAGGGGAUCGGAAUGCCAUGACCACACGCAGGGCAUUUGGGACCAGCCAAGGACACAGAUAUCCCCCUACACGUGUUCUUCUCUCCCGUUCCACUUACCUAUCCACGUUCAGAGCCACAACUCCAGAGUGGGCCAGGUUCUCAGGAAGGUGGAUUUACUGAUGCUUUUCGUUUCCUUCUUUGCACAUUUUUGGUAUUUUCUAAAUGUUCUACAUUUAGAUACAUAAAUUUGUAUCACCUUUGUAAUUUAUGUUACAAAAAUGAGAGUGGGUAAGUUCUCGUUAGUGGAGGCAGAAAUAUUAAGAACUCAUAAAAAAAAUCCAAUAUUCUUCCAGCAAAGGAAUGUCUUUUGAAACUCAGUUGCAAAGCUGCAUGAAUAUAUUUAGGUGUAUAUGUCCAGGACCACUUUUUGUAGAAAAGAAGGAAGGGUUCUGCAGGAGGGUUGGUAAGAAGCCCUCAAAGCCUCGCCAAGGUGGAAUGUAUAGUUUUUCUUCUGCGUGCCUUCCUGUAUCCUGGGCUGAACGUGGACACACUUUGCCAUUUCUCUUCAGGGACUAUGGGAGAAUCAGGGCAGUUUUUGAAACUCUGCUUUUACCUUAUGGAUCAUGUCACCAUUUUAGGACAGGAGCAGAAGGUAUUAAAGCAGUUGUCAAGGUCUUGAGACGCUGAAUGAGAACAAGUCAGAAUUAGAAAGGUUUUCUCUCUCCCUAACGCAUAAUGUCUAAUCACUUGGGUUCUUUUCAUUUUUAUUUUUUUACUGUAAGGAUCUUUAAAUAUUAAAGAAUAUUUUGAAUAAAGAGCAAAAAUAUCCUCCAUUUAAAAUUCUCUCCCUUGUUU